AUGAAUAUGGGUGUGUGUGAGAUGCAUUCUGUAUUCUGCAGCACCGCCGUCGCACCUAACCUCUCCGGUCGCCGGAGCAAAGGUCGCAACCCCAAUCAAUUACGCGCCAAAUCCUCCCUGCUCAUUCAAAAACAGGACACCCAGCUCGCAGAACCCUUCUCCGACUCCGUCUCGCGCCGCCUCAUUCUCCUUCGCCAUGCUAAGAGUUCUUGGGACAACCGCUCUCUCCGCGACCACGACCGGCCUCUGAGCAAGUCAGGGAAAGAGGAUGCUGUUAGAGUUUCCCGCAAGCUCCAAGAGUUGGGUUGGAUUCCUGAACUUAUCCUGUCUAGUGAUGCCGCACGGACUAAGGAGACACUUAAGAUAAUGCAAGAGCAAGUGCAGGAGCUGGUGGACGCUGAGGUUCAUUUUGUUUCUAGUUUCUAUUCAAUUGCAGCUAUGGAUGGGCAAACUGCAGAGCACCUUCAAAAGGUUAUUUGUAAAUACUCAAAGGAUGAGAUACUUACUGUCAUGUGCAUGGGACAUAAUAGGGGUUGGGAAGAAGCAGCAUCAAUGUUUUCUGGGGCCUCCGUGGAAUUAAAGACAUGCAAUGCUGCACUGCUUGAAACUGCUGGAAAAUCUUGGGACGAGGUUUGA